GGAACCCACAGAGUGAGUUUGCUCCAUGACAGUGUACUCAUAUUUUUCUCCUGUGUUUGCUCCAGGGAGAAUGGUGGAUUUUCCAGGAUACAGUCUAUCUGGUGUGGUUGCCUCUUUCUUCUUCGUACUGUUCACCAUGAGGCAGCCAGAUAGCUGGAGAGUGAUUGGUCCUGCACAUCCUAUACUGGCUAGGAUUGGGGAAGAUGCUCUACUCACCUGUCAAAUCCUUCCCAAGAGGGCCGUGAUGCCCACAAAGAUGACAUGGUACCGCUCAGAUCCCAACGCAGUUGUGUUUGCACAGUGGGAUGGAGCUGAUGUGACCGAGAUGCAAAUGGAGGAGUACAGAGAAAGGGUAGAGUGGAUAAAGGAUGAUGUUCCUGAGGGAAGUGUGACUCUGAAGAUAAACAACAUUCGACCAUCUGAUAAUGGGCAAUACUGGUGCUGCUUCCAAGAGAAGAACUAUUAUGAAGAAACAAGCUUGUUGCUUGAAGUAGCAGGUGUGGGAUCUUCCCCUUACAUCCACAUGGAGGGACCUAUAGAAAGUGGAGUCCAGCUUGUGUGCACUGCAAAAGGCUGGUUCCCAGAGCCCCAGGUCUAUUGGGAAGAUGCCACAGGAAAGAAGUUGCUGUCUGUCUCUGAGCAUUCCAUCCAAGAUGAGAACGGCCUGUUCUAUGUGGAAGCCACUCUUGUGGUGAGGAAUGCCUCUUUGGAGACCGUGUCCUGCUUCAUCCACAACCCUAUCCUCAAUGAGGAGAAGAGCUCAGUCAUCUCCAUUCCAGAGAAACUCCAGAAUGAGCUAGCUUCCUUAAAAGUGAUUGGACCUUCCCAGCCCAUCCUUGUCAGAGUGGGAGAAGACAUACAAUUAACCUGUUGUCUGUCCCCCAAGACUAAUGCACAAAGCAUGGAGGUGAGGUGGCUCCAAUCACACCAUUAUCCUGCUGUUUAUGUGUAUGUGGAUGGGGAACAUGUGACUGAAGAGCAGAUGACAGAAUAUAGAGGGAGAACAACCUUGGUGAGUGAUGCCAUCAAUGAGGGGAGACUGACCCUGCAGAUACACAACGCCACAACGUCAGAUAAUGGGCAGUACCGGUGCCGUUUUGAAAAAGAUGGUGUCUACCAGGAGGCCAGUUUGGAUCUGAAGAUAGUAGGUCUAGGUUCUUCCCCUCUGAUUACCAUAAUAGGACAGAAGGAUGGAGAAAUAGAGUUGAUGUGCAGUUCAGAAGGGUGGUUCCCACAGCCCCAUGUGCAGUGGAAGGACAUGGAAGCAAAGAUAAUACCAUCAUUUUCAGAGGUUCUGACUCAAGGAAGUCAUGGGCUUUUCCAUGUGAAGACAUCUCUAUUGGUCACAAACAGCUUUAUUGUGAAUGUAACCUGCUCCAUUAGCAACCCCCUUCUUGGUGAGGAGAAAAUGGCAACUUUUUCUCUCUCAGAGUCCAUGAUGACUUUUUCAUGGAAGACAGUGUUUAUUUGUGGAUUGCUUCUUGCUGCAGCUGUAGGCCUGGUCAUGAGGAAGAGCUAUAAAAAAGGUAAGUCAGGUAAAUAGAAAUGGUAUGGAGCAUACUUUGUAAUGGGAACCUUGCUGUGCACUUUCCCUAGCCUCUCUUUUCAGCAACCGCAUAGGGGAGGCUUUCAGUGAACAUUCAGUAAUUAAUGAAACAUAAGGUCC